CACUCCGUGGAUGCUCGCAGGAGAAGUGCAGAACAAAUCAGAGUAGGCAACGUUAACCCAGCUGACUGUGUGUGACGACCAAACAGCCGAGUGACAAGAUGUCUUACAGAACAGGUCCUCGUUCUUCUUACAAAACGAUGUUUGGCGGGGAUAGAAGCACGGUCCGGUCCACCUACACCAGCCGCCAGCACCCCAGCGCGAUACGCACCUCCCGGGUAACCUUCGGUUUGUCCUGCGCUCCGACCAUCUACGCAUCCAAAACCCAGAGGGUCCGAAGCAGCGCCGCCAUGCCGCGGCUCGCCUCGGAGAACUUGGACUUCUCCUUGUCCGACGCCAUCAACACUGAGUUCAAAACCAACCGCACCAACGAGAAAGCGCAGAUGCAGUGUCUCAACGACCGCUUCGCCAACUACAUCGAGAAGGUGCGAUUUUUGGAGCAGCAGAACAAGAUCCUGCACGCCGAGCUGGAGCAGCUGCGGGGCAAAGGCACGUCCCGCAUCGGAGACCUGUACGAGGAUGAGAUGCGGGAGCUGAGGCGCCAGGUGGACCAGCUCACCAACGAGAAAGCCCGGGUGGAAGUUCACCGUGAUAACCUCGCAGACGAUAUCGACAGGCUGAGAGAGAAGUUGCAGGAUGAGAUAGCCCAGCGAGAGGAGGCUGAGUCAAACAUGCAGAGCUUCCGGCAGGAUGUGGACAAUGCUGCUCUUGCCAGACUGGACCUGGAACGGAAGGUAGAGUCUCUCCAGGAUGAGAUCAACUUCAUCAAGAAGCUGCAUGAUGAGGAGAUGCUGGAGCUGCAGAGCCAGAUCCAGGAUCAGCAUGUGCAGUUGGACAUGGACGUGGCCAAGCCCGACCUGACGGCUGCCCUGAGGGACGUCCGUCUGCAGUAUGAAAACCUGGCCUCCAAAAACAUCCAGGAGUCUGAGGAGUGGUACAAAUCCAAGUUUGCUGACCUUACUGAGGCUGCUGCCCGUAAUAACGAAGCCUUGAGAGUGGCUAAGCAGGAGGCCAAUGAUUAUAGACGCCAAGUUCAGGCACUUACCUGUGAGGUGGACGCCCUCAAAGGAACUAAUGAGUCCUUGGAGCGCCAGAUGAGAGAGAUGGAGGAGAACUUCUCCAUGGAGACGUCCGGUUACCAGGACACUAUCGGCCGUCUGGAGGAGGACAUUCACAACAUGAAGGACGAGAUGGCCCGUCACCUGCGGGAGUACCAGGACCUCCUAAAUGUCAAGAUGGCCCUGGACAUCGAGAUUGCUACCUACAGGAAGCUCCUGGAAGGAGAGGAAAGCAGAAUCACCACCCCACUGCCAAACUUCGCAUCUCUAAACCUGAGAGAGACGAUGAUUGAUUCCAGACCCCAUGUUGAAACCACAACAACCAAGAAGGUCCUCAUCAAGACUAUUGAGACCAGGGAUGGUCAGGUGAUCAACGAGUCAACCCAGAAUCACGAGGACAUGGAGUGAACUCUUCAUCUUUGCUAAACGACCAGCAACAGCAAUAUGAAGAAAUGCAUUUCCUAGGGGCUACAAGCAAGCAAACCAACCAACCAACAAACAAAAAGCAAACUGCUUCUAAAAGUGCCUUUAUAUGUGAUGAACCAGUACGCUUGUUAGUUGAGACAGAAUGUUUUUUGCUUCCUCUUUUGCUGAGAGUAUUAUCCUUUUGUCACCUUUGUUUAGACAGAACUAUGAAUUCACAACAACAUAGAAAUAGCGACUGAGGUCUAUCAAGCUCUUUCUUUGUAACCAAAAUAGUAUUUUUAAUCAAUACAGCAUGCACACUCCCACAGCAUCUGUAUGCUAAAAGAUGUCACGGUUGCCUGUCUGCAGCAAUAAAUGAUAAAGACAGUAACUCAA